AUGAAAUAUAAAUCCAAACAUGGGAAGAGAAUUCGAACUGAAGUGGCAAGUGCUAAACACGCGCAUCGAACAUUUGGUCUACCAAGUGUACCAUUAAAUCCUCCCACGGAAUUUUUGAAAAAAAAGAGUCGACCUUUGCCACAGAAACACGUGCCCCACGAUCAUUAUCAUCGUCCUGGAUAUCAGCACAAACUUCCAUCAUGGAAACCACUUAAAUUCUCACGAAAACCCAUCAUUGAUGAUCUUCCCAAAGAUUCAACACUUGUGGGGCGAAUUAAUUUUCGAAAAGAGAAUAUUUUAAAAGUAAAACAAUCCGAACCACCCGAACCGGUGCCGAGAAUUGUUGAUUCACGAUUUGGUGAUGUUCAAGAUUUGAGAACUUGUGGCUUAAUGCCAAUGUAUAUAAAAAAGAAGUAUUUUGGCAAAAAACCACCAAAACCAAAGAAGGCACCAAAAGUGAAGCAAGUAAGAGAAUUAUUGAAACGAAAAUCAGAAUUUGAAAAAGGCAAGAACGUUGACUUUGGGAAUGAGGGGAAAAUUUCGGUCUUUAAUAAAAUUCCAGGUCGUUAUGUCACCGAAGAGGAAAGAGCCGAAUUACUACUUGGCAUGAAAAAGAACUGGGAAGAAUUGAUGAAUCAAUUUCAACGUCUGCCGUUUUUAAUUGACACACCACCAAAGGUGAAAAGAAAACUAAAAUUAGAAAAUAAUUUAAAGCAACUAGAAAAGGAUAUUGAAUUCAUCGAACGACAUCCAUAUAUUUAUGUGUGCGAUGAUGAUGAGUGAUUUCUACAACUGCAUUUUUGAAUAAGUGAAAUUUUCAGAAAGGCGAAUAAAAAAGGAAAAAAAUGGACUGGUAUAUGAAUUAAAGUGUCGUGUUCUCUUGAACGAUAUAUAAACUAUUUGUGGAAUCUUGACCGGAAAUUUACUUUUGCGGAUAUUAUGUGGAUUUGUAAAGGAGGGGAAAUUUAUAAAAUAGCUUUUAUAAAAUUGCAAAAGUUGUUGGGAUGCCUCAUACCCAAAGGAUUCGUCAUGGUGCUGCUAUAAUAUGCUUUCUCUAAGAGGUGAAAAUUCUUAACUUUCUUCAAGCCGCGCGUUGAAAUUGUUAGUCGUUGUCGUCGUCAUCGUCAUCGUCAUCAUCAUCUCCCUAUUUUCUUGUAUAUGUGCAAUACUCGAUUUCACCUUCUUCACUGCUUAUAAUAUUUAUAGUUUUAUACAUCUUAUAAAAUAUAAAAUGCGCACAUCAUGUGUGAGCAAUAAACCAACGCAUCAAUAUAUAUAUAUAAACAGCAACAUAUCUCAUCGCGCGACUAAUUCGCAGCAUGAGUGCGAAACUGAUUUACGAACUUGCCAACUGUUGCCGCGCUUUUUCAUUCGGCAUUCCUGUUUUUUUAAUAUAUCGAUGUGAAAAUUUAUUAAUUAGCUCUCUUUAAUCAUAUUUCUUCAUGUUUGCAUUUUUUUUUUACAUUUUUUUACUGGUGGAUGUGCUUCUGAAAUUUUCUGUGAUUUCUCGGUAAAGAAAAUAAUAUCGUUCUUAUAAUGUAAAAUGUAUUUUUUGAAAAUUUUUUUUUAUUUAUUUAUUUAAUGUAGACAAAGCAGUGUUUGAUAACUAGAAGAAUACUUUCGAGAAUAUUUUUGAAACGAGUGGAAAAUUAUUUCCUGAAACUGUGUUUAAAUUGUAUAUUAUAACCAACGUCUUGAGGUGUGGCAAGGUCGAACGAUGCAGCAUAAUAAUCGAAGCGAAUUGUAAUAGGAAUUAUAGUCUAACUUUUUAGGAUUAUCGAAAGGAAAAGCAAAAUCAACUAUUAAGUUUCACUUGACCUGGAUUGACCUGAAAUAUUUUUCUCGCAACUUGUACUCUUCAGUGUAUAUGCAAAUUUUUUCUUUUCUUUUUUUUUGAUGAAAAGAAAAAUUCUCCUUUUCAAUUAAGCGAAAAAAAAUCUGUAUGCUAGAAACAGGCUUCGCACUCGAUAAUUAAUUGUUAAAAAAGCAGCAAAAAGUAUCUUUAUACUUUAAGACUGAAAAAAGUAAUAAAAAAGUAGCUAUUGUAAAAUUAAAUUUGAUAACUAAAAAAAACUUGUUUUACACGAUUCGCAAAAAUUUCAUUCUGCAUUUUAUUUCCCUCAUUUUUUUCUAAUUUAUUAAAAAUAAUAUAGGUAAUAUUUUUUUUUAAAUGAACUUUUAAAUAAUUCUCAAAAAAAAAGAAAAAUGUAUCUUUUUGUGUCACAAAUUUAAAAAAACAAAACUGUAUGCUUAAGAGAGAAUUUUCUUAUUUAUUUACGAUGAAACAAAAACCAAUAUGUAAUUGUAAUAUCAGUG